CAAUGUCUGUGUUCUCGCUGUACGGAAAGAAUAUCGCAGAACUGCAUGCGAUCUUUGUUAUAUUUAUUUUGUGUACUGGGCUGUAGUGUGUAUACAUUCUGAUGGGUUUGUGAGUGUAGGUGUAAGAGAUACGUAUGUGAGAAAUUGUGACUUUAGGAGAACUCAUACUUACUAAUUUCAGUUUUCGUGUGCAUUUCACAGACUGCAUAUUUUGAAAAGGGUGGUGAUCAGCUUUCCUGAGUCAUGGAUUGGAGACCUAAUCAGCGGGUGCUGACACAAGUCCCAGUCACCAAAGAUCCGAUUAUAGAAAGAGGACCAGUACUAUACGGCGGCAGAGGGAAACCACAAUACCAGCGGCAACCGCUGCCCGCGGUGCAACCACACCGACCACUGCCCGCAGUACAGCCGCUGCCCGCGGUGCAGUCGCGGCAGCCGCCACCCGUAGUGCAGCCGCGCCACCCGCCACCUGUGGUGCAGCCGCCUGUCUUACAGCACCCAGUGGCGCAGCAGAGCCACUACCAGUCACCGCCUGUGGUGCAGCCGCCUGUCGUGCAGCAGAGUUACUACCAGUCCCUGACACAUAGCACCGUGUCACCCCAGGCUGUGCAGCAUGCAGUGGCCGUGUUUGCACAGACAGGAAUUGCAGAAGAAUUCGUGGAGUUGAACUCCUCAAAUUCCUUGAAGUUUGCCAACAUGCACGGUGAUAUUCUUACUGAUAUUGGUCAUAAUGCUAGCCAGUGGCACCAGAUCACUAUCAAAACUCCUGUUCCAGAAUAUGAGAGAAGAUUUGUGAUCGCAGCCAUCAACAAACGAAUAUCACCACAGAAAAUUACGCCUUACUUUUUUCGUAUGGAAAAUCUACACAUAACAUUCUUUGUGAAUAUGUGCGGUUUGGCACUGAGAACACUUUGCAGGAGAGAUCUUAAAGUGCCGUAUGUCUCUGAUAAAUUUGAUGAGAUUGAAAUGACAAUCAAACUGUUCAGCAAAAAUUUCAACCUCUCAGAAGCUCUGAAAGAAAUUAUUUCAAGAAGACUGGACAGUCCGAAAAAGUUUUUGGAUCUCUCUUAUAUAAACAGUAUUCCUGAGAUCCAGGAAAUGCUGUUUGACCCGACUGAUAAUUGGCACAUCCUGGACCAGAUGCUGAGGGUCGCAGAGGUCUCGGCGCCCGGGCUCGUUGCCCUCAGACUCGCGGGUAACGGGAUCACGACGCUGACCCUCCUCUGGGAUUUUCUGGUCCACUCCAAGUGGAAGUCUCUACGAACUUUGGAUGUGUCAGACAAUGAGGUAAAGAGCACUGGUACUGUUUCAUUGUCUCGUACUUUACAGAUCUCAGAAGUCUACUUGGAUUGUAAUCCAAUAUGUCACAUGCUUAAGAGAGAUUCAUACAUAAGUGCCAUCAAGGCAACAUUUCCCCGUCUUGCAAAAUUGGAUGGGACUUACCUACACACCACAGCACAUCUGCCUUACUGGAAGCCGAAUUUCAUUGUGAAUGGUACUGGUGACCCAGGUGAAUUUGCUGACCAGUUCAUCGAGCACUUUUUCACACUCUAUGAUGACCCCGAUCGAAUGAAACUCCGUGGAUUGUACCAUGAGAAGGCUUACUUCUCACUUUGCAGUUUAUAUUUGGAUGCACAAUUUACAACUCCCAAUGCAAGAUUGUCUGCUUACAUUGAUGAGACCCGAAACCUGUUACGUUGCUCUGAUCUGAAGAAGGCGAAUGCUGCACUAACACACGGCUCAGAGGAAAUCCUCGAAAGGUUAUCGAGCUUACCCACUACACAGCACGAUCCCUACACCUUCGCUGUGGAUCUUUUGGUACAUACGCCGAAGAUGACCGUACUGACAGUAACAGGUGUCUUCCGGGACAUUGCUAAGCAGAAAAGUUCUCAUAGACAUUUCUCACGCACUUUUGUCCUCCAGAGACGAGAAAAUGAUGAAUAUCAAAUUACUAAUGAUAUCCUAUAUAUCUCAAAUGCAGCUACACGUGAGGCAGAAGAGGCAUUCAAGUACGUAAGACCACCUAAAAAAAUAAAGAAAAAGCGACCAACACCUAAUUUGUCAGAGUGCGAGAAGGAGUCCAUGACCGGAAUGAUUCAGCAACUGACUAGUAUGUCAGCUCAGUGGUCACGAAAGUGCCUGGAGGAUACUGACUGGGAUAUGAAGGAAGCCCUCCAGAUUUUUGUGGAACUUUAUGAGAUGAGCAAAAUUCCAAAAUCGGCAUUUAUCACCUCGAAAUAGUAAUGAAGAAAACUUGUUCAGCUCUCAGAGAGACUGCAUCUCAGUGCUGUGUAUGUUUUGUUAACUGUACCUUGAAACAAUUGCCUGUAAAUAAACAUUGUUGUAAUUUUGA